UUUAGCAUAACUUCCCAUGGGCAUCAACGCACGGGGCUCUAACCUUUCCUGGUAACGAAUGUUUAAACAUACGACAACACAACAGGAAGCUCGUGGUCCUCACUAUUUGUACACGUUAAAAGUAAACAUAUAAUUUGGGACUAUAAGCCCCUUUGUCGGGAGGUCAUGGACCUGAAUGUUCCUACGCAGAUGCACCAUUUCAUUCUUCAGUUCUAAACAGUUUCACGAGAGCAUUGCAAUUCUGGUAACCUCGGAACCGAUUCACAAGUUGACUGAGUGCGGUUUCUCGGGGUGUUUUCUGAGUGUAUGUGACAUUUCUUGACAUAACAUUGGUGGUGUUGGUGGGAGGUGGAGGAGUUGAUUUGCAGCUCAACCCUCAGCAGCUAACGCCGGUUUAACCACGUAUGUGCUGUAACAUCGACACCCCCCUCCUCCUCCCUGCUUCCGGCGAUUCUCAGCGAACGUUUGAUUCACUUUAAUUUCAUUAGUAGAUGAAGUGGGGCGAGGGUGGGAAUGAACGUCACUGUCUUCCGAGAGGCGAUCUCGGGCACCAGCAAACAAAGCCGGUGUCGUAAGACAAUGUCUGUCGCAAAGCCGGGGGAGUGCCGUGCGGUGGAUUGAGUAAGGCUCGCGCGAGUCUCGGCGGGCCGUCGAUGCGGGACGGCUGUAAACAAGGGGCGAGUUCCUUACUGAAAGCGCUGGAUAAACGUCUCUCCCGAUUGUACGAGGCGGCUGGCACCUUCCACUGCAGCUUCGAUAUUAGUGCAAGAAUAAGAUCAUCCAAUCCCUUAAUAGACUUCCUGAUGUAACUCAUAUAAAUCUGACCUUCAACCUGGAUAUGAAGACUGAGAUAACAUCUGAUGCACCCAGAAGACAGGAGAGUUCCAAGGAGUCAUUAAUGAACCCUGAGCCAAUCCUGGCAACAAAAAGUUUUAGUACAGACGUUGAAAUGAUUGCAAGUAAGGUUGGAAAUGACUUCACUCAUAUUUGUGAUUCUGGAAAGCCAAUCAAAGGCAUGAAUGAGAACAGAUUAGAACAGGAGAAAAUGGUUGUCACUAGAAAAAAGCGUAAGAGCCAGCAGGCUGGUCCAUCAGAAACUCAAAACUCUAAUUUGAAAGAUCACCCAAGUAACAUUGGUUUGAGGCCUCAUAUGCAGUCACAAGACCAUGCAGAUGAUUCUUCUUUUAGUGAGUGUGUUUCAUCACCUUCUUCAAGUCUACAUUUUGGAGACUCUGAUACAAUGACUUCAGAAGAGGAGGAGAUUCCAGAUAGACAUUCCCAAACAGUAUUGAGUGGCACAAGUAGAACAAUUGAUUCAAAAAUGCACAAGUGGCCGAGGUCUGAACAGGAAUCUAUAUCAGGGAUUUUAAUUAAGCGACCUUGUCUCCCAAAUAGCAGUCUACGGAGGCCUCAACAGAGAAAGAAAUUUAAUAAACCUAAUGUUUCUCAACGGACACAAAAACAAAAGGAGCGUAUUUUAUUGCAGAAGAAGAAAAGGGAAGUUUUUGCUCGUAAGAAGUAUGCCUUACUGUCAAGUUCUAGCAGUUCAGGUGAUAAUGACCUGAGCAGUGAAUCCUCCUCCAGCUCUUCCACUGAAGGGGAUGAUGAUUUAUAUAUGUCAAGGAAUGAAAGCCACCAAAAUAAUACAACAGUUGCCUCAGGAAAUAUUGAUGAGGAUGUUGUGGUGAUUGAGGCCACCUCAGCUCCCCAGGUUACUGCCAAUGAAGAAAUCAAUGUUACCUCAACGGACAGUGAAGUGGAAAUCGUCACUGUUGGGGACAGUUGCAGGUCUUACACCACACUUGUGGGUCACUCAAGGGUACACUGGGGCCAAAGCUCAAGCUCCCAGAACAGACCUCAGGAGCAAUGGAGCCGAAACAGAAUAUCUACAGUUAUCCAGCCAUUGAGACAAAGCACUGCAGAAGUGGUAGAUCUUACUGUGGAUGAAGAUGAACCCACAGUGGUGCCAACAACCUCUGCUACUAGGUCACAACCUGUUGCUAAUGUACCUACCUCGGGCCAGAUCCUAAAUACAACUUCCGGUCCCUCUACUGCUCAGCCUGCCUCUGUGACACAGACUUCAGGAGCUCCUGCAGCAGGUACUUCAGCAGGAGAUGAUGUUCGGAGAGCUGGGUUAAGUACAGUGCCAGAAGCUGGUCCCGGGGCAAUGCCAAGGCUCCCAUCCUGCUGCCCUCAGCAUUCACCAUGUGGCGGAUCUUUGCAAGGACACAACUCAUUAGCCCACCCUCAUCCAAACUGUCUUCAGCAACAUAGUCACCAAUUUCAGCACCACCCUGGUGCCCACUCUACAGUGCCACCAGCAAUGCCUUCAUUUCCUGAAUCAAGCUGUCCUUUGGAGAGACCUGCUGUAGUGCCCGCUCCUUGUGGAGCUAGUGGAAAUACAGGUGGCCUAUAUCAGACUGUGCCUGUUGAUUUAAGUAGCGGUGCUGUUAGAAGCCAUGGAAAUGGGAGUUUCCAUGGUACUUCUGCAUUUGAUCCCUGCUGUCCUGGAAAUUCCUCACGAACUACAGUCUACGGUACACAAGCAACACCUGGAACAAGCCAGCCUGUGACUGUCGAAGGAUAUAGUUCUGGGAUGGUAGGACAGUCUCAAGGUCAACCACAGCCUCCUCUUGCUUCUUGUCGACAUUAUAUUCACCCUACCUAUGCCCCAUUGUCAAGAGCACUGCACCACCAAGCUCCCACGUGCCCUCAUGCACAUGGAAAUCCUCCCCCUCCGCCACAACCUCCUCCCCAACCAGAGUAUGCUAUUCCACACCCGGUGCACCCUUUCCAUCCACAGCUUCCCUCACAUCCUUCAACUCAUACUGUACCCCCAGCUGCUCCCCCACCUCCGCAUCUUCCUGCAACAGCAGCAACAAUGUCACACCAUAUCCCUACUGCACCACCUUCUUCUCAGAGACUACACCAUCAUGAAAUGCUUCAGAGAAUGGAAGUUCAGCGAAGAAGAAUGAUGCAGCACCCAACUCGAGCACAUGAGCGGCCUCCGCCACAUCCACAUCGUAUGCAUCCUAACUAUGGUCAUGGGCAUCAUAUUCACGUUCCUCAGACAAUGUCCUCGCAUCCACGACAACAACCAGAGAGGCCAACAUGGGAUCUAGGUAUUGAACCAGGGGUGACUGCAGCACCAUAUCCACCAAGUCACCUUCAUCCUCACUUGGCUCAUUACCACCCACCACCACCUCCUCGACUACAUCAUUUCCCAAUUGGAGCAUUGCCGUUUAUGGCUGUGCCUCCAGACAUGGCAGGUUACCCUCAUAUUCGCUAUAUUUCCUCAAGGAUUCCAGGCUUCAGAGCCACCUAUGAGGAUUUACUACAUUUAGAAGAACGACUGGGUAAUGUUAAUCGAGGUGCCUCACAGGGUACAAUUGAGCGAUGUACGUACCCACAUAAAUAUAAAAAGGUGAUAACUGACUUACAGAGGAAACUGCAGUAUAAACAGGAAGAGGAGGAUGGAAUAGAGGAUGACACAGAGGAGAAAUGUACAAUCUGUCUCUCUAUCCUAGAAGAAGGAGAAGAUGUUAGGCGUCUACCCUGCAUGCACCUCUUUCAUCAAGUGUGUGUGGACCAGUGGCUGACUACCAACAAGAAAUGCCCCAUUUGCAGAGUGGACAUUGAAGCUCAGCUGUCUGCAGAUAGUUGACAUCUCAUUAACUCUUCUCAGUACUGCAGUCAACCAAAGAUGGCAUGAAUAACCUGCGCAGAUUCAAAAGCAUUGAACCUAGAGUGCGGCUAAGCCACAUAGUACAAUUUAUGCUAGGCCUACAAUGAUAUUUCAGUAUAGAGUUUAAAUUUUAAUGUAUUUAUGAAGCUUUUUUAUGUGGCUUUUUAUGUUUUUCCAGGUCAUUUUAUUUUGCAUGGUUCCUUGGAUUGCAUUUCUUUGCACAUAACGGGCUUUGUGUCCUCAGACUUGCAGGCAAGAUUAGCUGCUCUAGAUAGAAACAAAGUCAUUUUCAUGAUGCCUUGCUUUACUGGAAUAGAAUAAGUCAUCAGUCUCUAACCCUGGACUUUAAUUUAAACAUUUAUACUAGAUUGUGUAUAUAGAUUGUGAUCUGUUCAUUAAGGAGGAAUAUCAAGACAUUCCGUGAUUAGGAAAACACUGCUGUAUUGUAGAAAUUCAUCAAACAGCAAUCAGUUGAUGGGAUCCUAUCCCAACCAAUUGCCAUUGCAAGAAAUAUGUAUUCCAACCAUACAAACUCUUUAAGUUUUUGAUAAAAAAUCAUUCUUGUUUGGCACAAUGAUAAAUGUAAUUUUUAAGAAUGUCAAUAUUCUAUGAGACUAACAGGCUCACAAAUUUAAUUUGUAUCAUUCAUUCUGAUUUAUUUUGGUUUCCUUUUUUUUUACAAUUUUAGCUGUUUGGCUGCCAUUAAACAGCUCUAACAAACACUAAUGUUAAGUAAAUUAGCUGUAUUGCGUAUACUUGCACAUCUGAUGAUUUGUAAUGGUGAGCUAGUCAGAUUGUAGAACAAGGUUCCAGAUGAAGUCACCAAUGAGCACACCUAGGUAAUGAAUUUGAAGACAUAUUUCAGAAUAAUGGUUGUUAAAGAUUCAGGUGAAAUGUUGGAAUGCAGUACUAAUGGCAGGUAUCCAUGCAUUCUCAGAUUUGUAAAGGUCCCUGGAUGCAUUUUUCAGGGUGACUUAGUUUUAAAGUUAAUAAAGAUAGUUA